AUGGAUGGCCUCCUGGCCACUGCCGCCCCCCGGGGCUGUGAGUUGGGAGAAGCCUGGAUACAAGAGGGUCACUUCAGGGACCGGCAGGAAAACCAGGAAAGGUGUUUGAAGCCAGAGACCCAUGAGGAAGAUCCCGCCGGGGACAGUGCCCUGGAGUGUGAUGACUGUGGCAGAGCCCCGGGAACUAGACCGAGCCCUCCCAUUACCCAGGCCCGCCGCGGGCUCCGGAGGCGCGGCACACAGGGAAAGAGCCCGAAGGACACAGAGAGCGGGGGCCCCAGGAAGCCUUGGAAGUGCGAGGACUGCGGCAAGGCCUUCCGCUACUGCUCGGCCUUCACCCUGCACCGCAGGACACACACCGGGGAGAAGCCGUUCGCGUGCCCAGAGUGCGGCAGGGCCUUCAGCCAGCGCGUGCACCUGACGCUGCACCGGCGCGUGCACACGGGCGAGCGGCCGCACGCCUGCGCCCAGUGCGGCAAGGCCUUCAGCCAGGGCUCCUACCUGGCGGCGCACUGGCGCACGCACACGGGCGAGCGGCCGCACGCGUGUCCUGACUGCGGCAAGGCCUUCAUGCGGCCGGCACACCUGGUGCAGCACCGGCGCGUCCACACGGGCGAGCGGCCCUUCGCCUGCGGCCAGUGCGCCAAGGCCUUCCGCGGCCGCGUGGCCCUGCUGGAGCACCAGCGCGUGCACACCGGCGAGAAGCCCUUCGCCUGCGCGCAGUGCUCCAAGGCCUUCCGCUUCUCCUCGGCGCUGCUGCGCCACCGGCGCACGCACACGGCGGAGCGGCCCUACGCCUGCGGCCAGUGCGCCAAGGCCUUCACGCAGGUGGCGCACCUGGCGCAGCACCGGCGUGUGCACACGGGCGAGAAGCCCUACACGUGUGCCGAGUGCGGCGCGCCCUUCAGCCAGAGCGCCUCGCUGGCCGAGCACCGGCGCAUCCACACGGGUGAGAAGCCCUUCGUGUGCGCGCAGUGCGGCAAAGCCUUCACGCAGGUGUCGCACCUGAGCCAGCACCGGCGCGUGCACACGGGCGAGCGGCCCUACGCGUGCGGGGACUGCGGCCGCGCCUUCAGCAACCGCUCGCACCUGGCGCAGCAUCACCUGGUACACACGGGCGCCAGGCCCUACAAGUGCCUGGACUGCGGGGCUGCCUUCGGCCACGUGUCCUCCCUCCUCGAGCACCAGAAGAUCCACACAGGCGAGAAGCCCUUCCGGUGCGGGGACUGCGGCAAGGCCUUCAGCCAGGGCUCAGCGCUCACGCUGCACAGGCGCACGCACACCGGGGAGCGGCCCUACUCAUGCCCGGAGUGCGGGAAGGCCUUCCGCAACCGCGCCUACCUGAUCCAGCACCACAUCGUGCACACCGGCGAGCGGCCCUACGAGUGCAGCGGCUGCGGCAAGGCCUUCAGCUUCUCCUCCGCCCUCAUCCGGCACCAGAGGACACACGCCGACAGGAAGCCCCACGAGCACAGCCUGCGCAGCGACACCACUGUCCAGCUGCCACACCUGACCGGACACCUGCACUCGCCCAGGGAAGAGAAGCCUGUUAGCAGUAGUGACCUUGCAGACACCUCGGAGGACCAGCGGAAUAAGAGCUGA